AUGGCGGUGGCAUUAAGUGAUAUGGUGGUGAAAAAGCUACAAUCAUCUCACGUGGGAAAGAGAGGUAGUGGUGGUGAUGAAGGUGGAGUUGGUGGUUGUGGUAGUGGUGGUGGUGGUGGUGGUGGUGGUAGUGGCAGCAUGGUGGUGGUUGUGGUGUUGAUUGUGGAGGUGGUAGUGGAUGUGGAGGUUUUGGAGGAGGAGGUGGUUGUGGUGGUAGUGGUGGUGGCGGUGGUGGUGGUGGUGGUGGUGAUGAUGAUGAUGGAGGUGGAGGUGGUGGAGGUGGUGGAGGUGGUGGUUGUGGUGGUGGUGGCGGAAGAUGAGGAGGAGAAGGAUGUGGUGGUGGUGAAGGUGAAGGUAGUGAAUGUGGUGGUGCAAGUGGUGGAGUUGGAUGUGGAAGUGGAGGUGGUGUCAUUUUUUAAAAUGAAUGAUGGUAUUUUGGGAAUUAAAAAAAUUCAUUAA